AGUGAGAAAACAAAAGGCUGUUGUUGGGAUCCCAUCUUCCUUAACUUCCAAUCCCAGCUUCCUUUUCUUCCUCCACCCACCACCACCACCACCGAUACCGCCACGCGCCGCCGUUGACGAUCCAAAUUCCCACCGUAUACUUUUCCCACAUAUAUCAAUUAUGUCGAUCAACAUGAAAACUCUAACCCAAGCCUUCGCCAAAGCCUCAGCUAAAGCCUCAGCGGUGAUCGAGAAAACGGUUCAAACCACCGUACAAGAAGUUUCUGGUUUACCCAGAGCUUUACAAGACUACGAUCUCUUAGAUCAGAUCGGGUCAGCCGGACCGGGCCUAGCGUGGAAGUUGUACUCGGCCAAGGCCCGAGAUGGCCAUGCCGUGUACCCAAACGUUUGUGUUUGGCUUCUUGAUAAGCGAGCUCUUUCCGAGGCACGACAACGAGCAGGGCUAUCCAAAACUGCUGAAGACUCCUUUUUUGACAUCAUUCGGGCUGAUGCCGCCCGGCUGGUGAGGUUGAGACAUCCUGGUGUUGUUCAUGUAGUGCAGGCACUUGAUGAGAGUAAAAAUGGUAUGGCUAUGGUUACAGAACCCUUGUUCGCUUCGGCUGCUAAUGCUUUGGGGGAUUUGGAGAAUAUUGAGAAAGUUCCUAAGGAGCUUAAAGGAAUGGAAAUGGGGUUGCUUGAGGUUAAACAUGGUUUGCUCCAAAUUGCAGAAACCUUGGAUUUCCUCCACAGCAAUGCUCGUCUAAUUCAUCGGUCUAUAUCACCUGAGACUAUUCUCAUCACUUCAAAUGGAGCUUGGAAACUUGGUGGUUUUGGUUUUACCAUAUCAGUGGAUCAAGCAGCUGAUUUAUCCAACAUGCAGGCUUUCCAUUAUGCUGAAUAUGAUGUUGAAGAUUCUAUUAUACCACUUCAGCCAUCACUAGACUACACUGCACCAGAGCUGGUUCGAAGUAAGACAUCUUCUGUUGGGUGCUCCUCUGAUAUUUUCAGUUUUGGAUGCCUUGCCUACCACUUGAUAGCUCGGAAGCCUCUGUUGGACUGCCACAACAAUGUGAAAAUGUAUAUGAAUAAUUUGAAUUACUUAUCCAGCGAGGCUUUCUCUUCAAUUCCACAAGAACUAGUUCCGGACUUGCAGAAAAUGCUUUCUGCAAAUGAGGCUUUGAGACCAACUGCCAUGGGUUUUACAAGUUCAUCUUUUUUCCGUGACGACACUAGGUUGCGUGCUCUUCGCUUCCUGGAUCACAUGCUUGAAAGAGAUAACAUGCAGAAAUCUGAGUUUUUAAAGGCAUUAUCUGACAUGUGGAAAGAUUUUGACUCCCGUGUACUGCGUUAUAAGGUUCUUCCUCCACUUUGCGCAGAGCUCCGGAAUGUGGUAAUGCAACCCAUGAUUCUUCCCAUGGUUCUGACCAUUGCAGAAUCUCAGGAUAAAAGUGAUUUUGGGAUAUCGACCCUGCCAGCUCUUGUUCCUGUCUUAAACAGCGCGGCAGGUGAAACAUUAUUACUACUUGUUAAGCAUGCAGAUCUUAUUAUCAACAAGGCUAGUCAGGACCACUUAAUCUCACAUGUCCUGCCCAUGCUCGUCCGAGCUUAUGAUGAUACUGAUCCACGUUUGCAAGAGGAAGUCCUGAAAAAGACUGUAGCACUUGCUAAGCAACUUGAUCUUCAGUUAGUAAAACAGGCAAUCAUGCCUCGCGUUCAUGGGUUGGCAUUGAAAACGACUGUUGCUGCGGUGAGGGUCAAUGCACUAUUAUGUUUGGGAGAUAUGGUCCACACGCUGGACAAGCCUGCGGUUCUGGAGAUCUUACAGACAAUCCAAUGUUGUACUGCGGUUGAUCGAUCUGCACCAACUCUCAUGUGUACCCUUGGGGUAGCCAACUCCAUCUUGAAGAAGAAUGGGAUAGAAUUUGUGGCAGAACAUGUCCUUCCACUUCUCAUGCCUCUUCUCAUUGCUCAACAAUUAAAUGUUCAGCAAUUUGCAAAAUACAUGGCUUUUGUGAAGGAGAUUCUCAGGAAGAUUGAAGAGAAGCGAGGAGUGACACUGAGUGACUCAGGAAAUCCAGCAGUAAACAUAAAAUCAUCUCUUACAGUUGAUGCUCAGAUGCCUGGACAUGUGAACAAAACAAGUGCGAGUUCUCAGUCUACCACAAAACGCAGCCCGUCAUGGGAUGAAGACUGGAUUCCACCAAGGGGAUCUUCAACCACCGUGCAGUCUUCUACGACAUUGCCUGCCCAGUCUACUACUGCAGGACAGUCGAUCCAAGUUACUUCUGGACCUUCACAGUCAUACAUGACAUCUGGUGUAUCUAGUCAGCAACUAUCAUCUUCAUGUCCUGCAGUUGAUGUGGAGUGGCCUCCUAAACCUUUGUCAUUUGGUACUACCAUUCUAAGUGAUUCUGAGAAACAAUUAGAAAACAAGGGGGCAUUGGGUUCAAGUCUCGAUGAUAUUGAUCCUUUUGCUAACUGGCCUCCCCGACCUAGUGGCUCCUCAGCUGCUUCUCACUCUUUGAACAAUGGAACAAUGGCCCCGUUCGCAAACAGACCCGUGUCUAACAAUAGUGCAACUCUUCUUAAUGGCUUGAACUCUCAAACAAAUGGCCUUGAUUCUUGGGCUUUCAGCACCCCAAUUUCUUCUCAGCCCUUGAAACAGAAUCAAGGGAUUACAUCACGCACUGAUAGUAUCAGUAGUGGUGGGGGUCUUGACUCGCAGAGUUCACUUGGAUUUAUGAAACAUAAUCAAGGGUCAUCAUCAGCUUUGGGUGCUUCUAGUGGUCGAGCAACCGAUAUUGGAUCAAUUUUUUCUUCGAACAAGGGUGAGCCGACUGCUCCAAGGUUGGCUCCUCCUCCAUCAACUGCUGUCGGUAGAGGAAGGGGAAGAGGUAGGGGAAAUCAAGGGCAACUCAGGUCCUCAACAUUAGGGUCUGGUAAUGCAAAGUCUAAUCCAGAGCAGCCCCCUCUACUUGAUUUGCUCUAAUUGCCAAUAUGCAGAUCCCUUGUGAUGCAAGUCCGGUGAUCUGAUUAAAGAUCAAUCUGGAGAGCUGUUGAUACCUCGUGAUUAAAGAUUUUUGCUAGCAAUGCCAUGGAGAAACCUGUUCAUACUCUUGCUGCAUGGCAGUGUUUGCCUGGGUAGGCAAAGAUUGUUGUAGAGUGACUCUUUUUGUAGAAUAGUAUGGCUGAGUUUUGGUUUUCCUUGUUUAGCAUUUUUAUUCUUAAAAAAAAUCAUUUAAUUUGUUGAACAUGGGUUGCUUUGUAAUAUUUGUAUUUUAAAAAGCAAUUGGCUCUCAACGAUGUUUAAGAAAUAAUGAAAGAGAUGGGCGAUGGGACAUUUCAAUCUUUUCUCUAGAAUACGGG